CAAAUAUGGAACACAGCUCCUCGCAGACGUCAAUUGCUGCUGAAUUCUUGGUUGAUUGUAAAGAAGUCAUGCAAAUUGUUCACAUGACCGGCUGCAACUUGCAAAUGGUCAGAGAAUAUUUUCAAAAUGGCAGAAAUAUUCCUGAUGAUAAGAAAAAAUAUUUUUGGACAAAUGAUGAAGAUAUGAAGCUUCUGAAACCAGAAAAAACUAAUCAUGGUACAAAGUUAUUCUGGGAUAUAUCAACAGAUACUAUCUCUAUGCUCGAGAUGCUUAUCUUUGAUUAA